CUGAGACCUUGUAUGCAGUAUGUGACCUUUAUCCCAACAGGGAAGCCCGAAAGCGAUGCGGCUUGACUGCCGGUCUAUUUCCUUUCCCAUUUAUUGUUCAACCAGAUCUGUAUGUUCCGGGCGGCCCUGUGUUUUUGGAGUGACAAUCGGUUUGAACUUUGGAUCGAUCGAGGAGGCUAAAAUCUUACGUCUGGCGACAAGCAGAUCCAGGUUUUGAGAAGAUAUCUGCGAAGGCUAGCGGCGAGUGGUUUCUAACAGAGCAGUUUUCACUGGUGUUGGUGGUCGUCACGACAUGUAAGGACUAUCAAAGUGAUGCAACGUUCAGAUCAAGUCGUCAAGGCGAGGAGAGUGGAUGAUCAUGGACCUCUAAUUCAGGAUAAUAUGUUAUAGUUGCUCAUAUUCUUCCCGAUAUCAAGCUUCAUGAUCAAAACUUUUUUCUUUCUGUUGCAACGAUUGUGAUGUUAUGAUUACUUUUUAUUUCAUAAGGUGGCGGGUUAAUUGCAAUGGAUGGUUUAGAAAGAAGGGAACCAAUACAAAGUAGUCCACCAAAUCUAGAACAUUUUUUGGUGGUGUUGCUAUAUCGCCAUUGCUCCACCCUCAUGGUCAUCAGUCUGUCUCCUUUCCUUCUGUGAUAUGCUCAUGAUUUCCUCUGCAGAUUUGAUAUUGUGCAGCACUGGAUUAUAAAUUAGAUUGGUUGCUGUAUUUCAUAUUCUU